AUGCCUUCCUCGGAUCGCCAAACCGCACUGGAUCUGUAUAAAUCUUCGGUGGAAUUGGAAGCUGAGCUUCGCCAGCUUUCAAAACAAAAGCCACCUUUUGAUAAACAAGUUGCAACUGUGCGCACCAAGCAAGUAGAAAUGAACUCUUUUAUAUAUGUUGGAUUACGAGAGCAUUAUGAAAGAAUUAUUUUUCUUGACUAUGAAUUUGCGCAGUCGAAAGAAGUUGAACAGAAUCUGUGGAAAUACGUGUAUUAUAAAUUUAUUGAAGAAUUCAGGAAGAGGAUUCGUACUGCUGUUACCUCCGGUGGAAAAUCCAAGGGGAUUCACCGCAAGCUGACAAGUUCGUUUCGCUCGUUCUUACAAGAAGCAACAGGGUUUUAUUAUUCUUUUAUCCAGAGACUUGCUGCUCAUUUCGAGUUGAAGCAACUAGAUCCUAUCAUCCAAAAGUUUGGGUUAACAAUAGAACCUACCAAUGUUUCUCAACAAUCUUAUUCUGAUGAUAUUAAGCAGAAGGCUGUACUUAGUUGUCAUAAAAGUCUUAUAUUUCUCGGUGAUUUAGCGCGUUAUCGGGAGUUACAAACUGAGAAGCCGCGUAAAAAUUGGUCCAUUGCGUGUGACUAUUAUAACCAUGCAAGACAUCUAGUUCCUGAAAGUGGUAAUCCACAUAAUCAAUUAGCCGUAAUUGCAACCUAUAGUGCUGAUGAAUUUUCCGCUGUAUACCAUUAUUAUCGGAGUCUUGUUGUCAGAUGUCCUUUUUUGACAGCCAAGGACAAUAUUAGCCUUUUGUUUCAUAAAGCUAGAAAGUCCUCUGCUGAUGCUCAAGAGAAAAUACAAGAGGCUCCUCAAAGAGACCAGAAAGAAAAUGGUAGUAGACGACGAUUUUCUCAUCAGCGUCAAGUGUCGUCUGCAGCACAAUCAGCCAAAAUUCGAACCGGUGAAGCUAUACAAGCCUUUUUUUCUGAUUUUAUUCGUUUACACAGCAUUUUGUACUUUAGAACGGAUUUGGAAUCGUAUUCCGAGUUGAAAGCAGCUGUGUUGAAUCAAUUGAAAGAAAGUGUUCUUUCUCUUGCAUUAGAUCCUGAUCAACUCUUAAAAUUUACGGCUAUUAAUAUGGCAGCCUCAUUCGUCAUUCGACAUAUUGCAAAUGGAGAUAGCAACAAUGUUAAUCAAAGUCCGAAGGUCCCUAUUUCGUAUUCUACAGCCUCGAAAAAGGCCCUUGUAGAAAAAUACGCCGUAUUAUUAACUUUGGAUACACUUUCCGCUUUACUGGAUUUGUGUAACUCUGAAUUGUUGGAUGUCGUGGUUGAAUAUUCGGAACAAAGGCACAAUGCAGUUCAAAUUCUUCCGGCUCCUGUUAAAAGAAGUUUGAUAUCUCUUCGUGUGGGAACAAAAUGGGUUUAUUCUUCUCUCGAACAUCUGUCAUCAAUAUCCGCAUUAAUUGAAAAAGAUCCUAAUGUCAAAAAUGAGUUCGCAAACAUUGCUAGGUUUUGGCAACGGUUUGCUGAAUUUCUUAAUUCUUUGGAACGAUUGUUCCCCCAUAUUCAAGGCAUUCCUCUUGAUGUCCCGCUAGCAGAAGAUCUUGAAUUGAACGGAUUUUCAGGUUUAAAAAACCAUACAUUUAUGAAUGGACAGAUUUUCCUUAAUCAAGGGGAGCCUUUUGAAGAAUUAGACAUGCGCAUUUAUGACAUAUUUGAAGAUGCAUGCAAGAUUUCGGAAUCAGAGCAUUCCCAAUUAUUCUAUGUUGAUGGUGUAUUUAGCUCAGGUACACCACCUAGCAAGGCUGCAUCUCCUGCUAGUUCUUUGAGCCCUGUCCAAAAUCAAAUUACAGACCAAUCUUAUGUUGAGGACAAGUUCGAGGCUCCUAUUACUGAUUUAAUUGCGGACCCUUAUGAGACUAAUUUAGCCGAGUCCCAGUCCUUUGCAUCUAUUAGCCCCAAAAAACUAACCAAUGAUUCUUCCGAAGAUGGUGAUUCAGAAGAUGAAGUGAUCUUAUUUACGGGAAGACAUUCUUCUGUUAUUGAGAAUAACAAUGCGAAUGGUUUAGCUACUUCAGAAAAAUCCUCUCCACGUCCUACUACUGCUGAAGUCUUAUUGACCCAAGUCUUAAAAUCUAACAAAUCAGUAUCUUCAACAUUACCAAUUACCAAUUCAAAUUACUGGAAUCAAUUUAAUACCACCCAAUUAUUUCCAAACAACAAUGACUUAAACGUCGAGAACGUUGAAACAAAACAGCAAAAUUUUUUAGAGUUUCUAUAUCCCGUGACUAGGCCUUCGACUAAUCUAAACGGCAACACUAGCGCAUACCCUCAACCAGCUUUCUCUGCGCAUACCACCAUCUCUGGAGUGCCAAACGCUUCACAGGAUCCUCUUGUGCCUUCUACAAAACGUUUAUCCGGAGAAUUUAAUUCAAUUACUCCAUAUCAACAGUCGACCGCUAUUUCAAGCGCGUCAUUGUUUGCGUUCCCAGGUACCGAUGGUGGUGUUUCUCAAUUUGGCUUAUUUGGCGAUCCCAAUACUAGCCUUAUUGGUUUUUCGGGAACCGCUGGACAUACUUCUGCGAAAUCUGGCUUAUCAGCUAUCAAUCCACCGCCUGGGUUUUCAUCUGAAUCAAGUGCAUUCGAUCUACAUAGGCAUAAUCAACAAAAUAACCAAUCACUAUUCCAACCAUCUAAUGUUUUUGGGUUCUCUUCUUUCGACAUGAGUACCCAAUUCCCAUGGAAGCAAAGGGAAUAUGUAAAUGGUUUGUCAGAUGGUAAUUUACAAAUGAAUGGAACGACUGGAUUAUCUGAUCAUUAG